GACAAACACAUAGGCAAAUCAUUAUUUUACAGAAAUAAGUAAUUAAAACGUGACAUUAUCAGCAGGCGCGGAGGCCACCAGAGGGUAAACAUCUUGCGUUGCCAGUUACAACCUUUUUUUUCUUCUUUUUAUUACUAUGCAAAUGUUCGUUAUGCCAGCCCGAUCACAUAUGGCACUGACACCGGCGGUAUUCGAAAACACAAUAAUUCCUGUAUAAUUAUGAACAGGCAUCUGCUUGCCUACCUCAAUAGAGGUCAGAGGACCCAGGGUGAAGGGUGCUGAAUUCAAAUUUCAAAACAAACAGCAACUCUUGUCCAACAUGCGAAUGUUUAUUUUAGGCUAGUUGGUGGCUUUUAGAGAGAGGGAGAAAAAACACUAACACGAUGGACACGGAGGAAAAGCACAAAUCUACUCCCAAUUCUAGAGUUGGGUUGAUCACGCUAUCAAAGAUCGAAGAUUUCGUCAGUUUGAAACCAAUCAGCCGCGGUGCUUUUGGCAAAGUUUAUCUUGCACGGAAGAAAUGCAAUUCCCAGUUAUAUGCCAUUAAGGCCAUGAAUAAAGCGGACAUGGUGGAUAAAAACAUGACGGGCCAAAUGAAGGCGGAAAGAAACGCACUGGCUUUGAGCAAAAGUCCCUUCGUGGUUCACCUGUUUUAUUCUCUCCAGACAGCCACCAAAAUCUACUUGGUGAUGGAGUACCUCAUUGGAGGAGAUGUAAAGUCUCUCCUCAACGUCUGUGGAUAUUUCGACCAGGACAUGGCGGUUAAGUACAUCUCUGAGGUUGCCCUUGCUUUGGACUACCUCCACCGCCAUGGCAUCAUCCACAGGGACCUAAAGCCAGACAACAUGCUCAUUUCCAACGAGGGUCACAUCAAGUUAACUGAUUUUGGGCUUUCCAAAGUGAAGCUUGGUAGAGAACUGCAACUCACAGAUAUCCUAAACACACCAUCCGUGUCCAAACCCACAAAUUACUCUCGCACGCCGGGUCAAGUCAUGUCUUUGAUCACCUCACUUGGUUUUAAUACCCCGGCAGACAAAAAUAAACGCCACAGCAGCACGUCGGCCCUGUCCUGUGGCAAAAUGAUGCGGAAGAAUAACUCCCUUGGCUCCCCCUCUGAUACGGCAAAGGAGACCAUGAGCUCACCGGCGUGCACUGCCUGGAGGAAAGGGCCGCACAGCUUCAUGUUUAGUCCGCACAGCUUGGCCGUCAAUCUGACGCCCAUGCUGAUGAAAACCAGGAAGCGCUUGGAGACCAUGAGCGCGGGCAGCACCACCGACACAGAGGGAGGCAUCAGCCCACUGUGGGAGUUCGAGGAGAAGGAAAAUGAGCCAAACCAACCGAAGGCAAGAGGACAUUUAGAGUCCCCCGAGAAGCGGGAGGCGAGCGGCAAGCCAGAAACCGGCUCUCAUUCCGCGCCGUCUGCCAAGCGUCCAUUUUCCGAGGUGCAAGUAAGCCCGGAAGCUGUGGAGCCCCUCGCCAAGAAGAGCGACAAACGAUGCUACCACGUCCCUUGCGAGACCUCCGCCGCUCACACUGGCCUGACCGGAGCCUUCUCCGGCGUGGGGAUUGCAAUCACCGGCCAGAACAGCGCCGUCGUCCCUAAGCCCUCCAAUCCGGUCACCGUGGCCAAGAGCCUUUUUUGCGAAACGAAAGAAUCGGCUCUCGAGGACAACUUUGAGAACGUGAAGUCGUUAGAAAGCAGCUUCGCGUCGCCGCAAAGCAGCGGGCUUUGCCGGAGUUUGACUCUGGAUUUCGACGUCUCGGUGCUGGAGACGUCACUGCCCAUUGACAGUCAUGCCCCACCGGAACCCGUCGGACCCGCCCAAAGCAGUGCCUUACAUUCCCCUGAAAAAGGCGGCGAGUUGUCCCUUCGACAGACUCGCUCCUUGUCGUCACCCCGCACCGCGGGUACGCCGGCGUCCCUCGACCGACCAGAGUGCUCCUUCCUGCGGCCGGUGGUGGCGUUCCGGAGCUACUGCAGCUCCAUCAACCGCUCCAACGUGUCGCGACUCAGCGUGGGCUCCACUUUGGACGCGUCCUCACCCGAUAUCUGCCUCACCACACCGGUUCAGAGGAAGAUCAGCUCUGGAAGUUCGCUUUAUCUGACUCCUCGGACCAUGUCCACCUCGCAAACCCCCUUACGGACUCCCAAGAGCGUGCGACGGGGGGCUCAGCCCAUGGAGGGGGCACACAUUUUAGGGACCCCCGACUAUUUGGCUCCGGAGCUGCUUUUGCAAACACCUCACGGGAGGCGUGGAUGCGAUUGCAUGGUGGACUGGUGGGCGCUAGGUGUGUGUCUGUUCGAGUUCCUCACCGGCGUGCCGCCCUUCAAUGAUGAGACGCCGCAACUGGUCUUCAAGAAUAUUCUCAACAGAGACAUCCCCUGGCCCGAGGGAGACGAAGCGCUGUCGGACGAUGCCAGCGACACCAUUGAAAUCCUCUUAACCAUGGAUAAGACCAAGCGGGCGGGACUCAAAGAACUGAAGCUCCACCCACUGUUCGAGGGCUCCGAUUGGGAGAACCUUCACAAGCAACCCAUGCCGUUUAUCCCGCAGCCUGACGACGAGACGGACACGUCCUACUUUGAGGCCAGGAACAACGCGCAGCACAUCGACAUGGCCACCUUCAGUUCCUGUUAGUCGCCAUCGUCAUUUUAACUGCAGUUAAGACAAAAAAAACGUAUGUGCAAUCACUACUUUAUAUGAUUUUUAUCUCAUGAAGUUCUUAAAUUUAUCAGUUUCCCAUACGGGUGUCGGUUUAGUUUUUCUGUGGCAUUUGUUUGAAGUUUAAAGUAAAGGUAGCACUUGCUGGAGAAUGCUAAUAAUAUAUACAACACUUCUAUAUUUUUGUCUUGUUAUUGUAAUUUGAAACGCUGCUUCCAAACACAAAGCUGCUGCUUUUAUGUCAGAAAGAGAAAGGCAAAUAAAACUGUUUGUAACAUCC